AUGUUGCCCGUCAGUGCUCGUGUAUCAGACUGGUUAGUUAAAGUUAUUCAAUUCGCCAAGUCCGUUCCAGAAUUUUGCAAUCUCUCUCAUAAUGACAAAGUAACUCUGAUACUCAAUUCCUGGAGUAAAAUUCUUUUGCUUUUUAUGGCUGAGAAUAACUUUCAAUUUGCCGUCACACCACUGCCGUCCUCUCCUGUCCCAACAGAGCCCGUUCCUGCAUCACCAGAUGAGCCUAGCAUGAAAAGUGUAGAAUCUAUCCAAACAUUUAUAAGGAAAUGUCAACAUUUGAACAUCGACAGUGAAGAAUAUUCGUUCUUGAGAUUAUUGGUUCUCUUCAAUUCUGGUUAUAUUGGAUUAGAUAGAGCGGAUAUUAUUGAUCAACUCAACUCAACAGUACAGCAAUUACUCCAAGAACAUGUCAGACUGACCCGACCCAAUGACGUCAUGCAUUAUUCACAUUUACUUCUAUGCUUGCCAACCUUAUAUGGAACCAACAGUAAAAUGUUUGAAACAUUGUUUUGUCAGCACAUAACACGUAAUACUGACAUGGAAGUGCUGCUUAAAGAAAUGUUACAGAGCAUUUGA